AUGGCGCUCGUGACGUGGCUCUCGCGCGUGGGCGCGUGGGCGCGUUCGGAAGUGGGUGGGGGGUGGAUGGCGGACGAACGCGCGGGGCGCGGAUGGGACGGCGACGGCGACGGCGACGGCGACGAGCCGCGCGGACGCGCGGACGCGCGCGAGGGGGUGGAGUACGACGGUGCGGUGGUGCGGAUGGGGUUCGAGACGGUGAGCGCGGGAGCGUGCGCGCGGGCGUGCGCGGAGACGAGAGGGUGUAACGUGUGGGUGCGGGCGAGAGACGCGGAGGCGGGCGCGUGUUGGUUGAAGCGCGUCGAACGCGCGAGCGAUCGACCGAGGGUGAUGAGCGAGGGAGUGCGUUGCGCGUGGACGAGCGGUCGGAUCGAUAAGGAUUACGCUCGGGAGGCGCGGGAGAUUUUGAAGGAGUCGGACGCCGCGGCGAGCGCGGACGCGGUGACGUUAACCGUCGCGGGCUUCGGAGACGUCGCGUUGACGUUAGAGCCGACCUGGCACGAACCGAGCGUGGAGUUCCUGCGCGCGCUCGCGUCGAAUGCGAAUUCUUGCGAUGGAUCGUGCGAAAUUUAUCGCGUAGAGCCGGGUUUCUUGGUGCAAGGGACGCUGCGGUCGUACGACGUCGCGUCCAACUCCGCUACCGAGCCUGGGCCGAGACUCAUGGAACGCGGCGACGUGGGAUGGGCGGGCGAAGGUCCGGGUCCCGAUUGGUUCGUUUACCUCGGCGCGCGUCCCGCAGCGCACUUUGGAACGCGUCACACCGUGUUUGCGCGCGUCGCCGAUGAGGCGUCCUUCUCCGUCCUUGAGCGCGUCGUCUCGGCGCCGAGCUCCACCCCGGGCGGCCCAAACACCAUGCGAUUCAUCGACCAACGCCCAAAACUACAGGUGCGCUUCAAAACGCGGAUCGCACCGAGCUAG